CAUUCUUCAAGUUCUAGAUGUCGUCGGUGGUAUCUGACCAAAUGGACAUUGAGUCCUCUUCUGCAUUCUCCCCAGCCGAGCCAGUUGUAGAUGGAGCAUUCGUGUCAAAACAUAAUUUGAGCGCGGAAGCAUAUCAGGGUUUCAAAGAAUGUGCAGAUUCCCUUUUAUCGGGGAAAAUUGCCCAAAAUGAGCAACUCCCAUUCAUUCAACGAACGCUGCAAAUUUGUGAAAAUGUGAUCUUGAAUUUCGAAGACGAAAAACAACAUUUGAUGAGCGAUGUACUUCUUGUAUGGGCUAUGAAACAACAGAAGCUUAGUAUUGCAACUCUUCACACCCAACAAUUACAUUACAAAGAAUUAGAUUUGAUCAAUUUACAAUUUGAAUAUUUUGGGGAACUUUUGCAACAGACACUCUCAGGACUUGAUUACUUGAAGCAAUACUAUCCGAACGUCGGAUUUGAAGAGGUUCAUUCAAAAGUUCGCAAUUUGACCCAUUAUUUCCUUUACUACUCAAUCAUUGUCAGUCGUCAACCACCAUCAGUGAUUGUUAAAUGUGGUGAAGCAGAGAAUCAUAGAAGAAGCAGAUUCUGGUUUAAUACUGAGAUAAGAAUUCUUGGUGGAUCCGCUUUUGGAAUUGAUACAAACAAUGAGAAUUCAAAUGUUAAUUGUUACUUGAUUACCGAUGAGACUGCUAAGCAAUUACUAAAUAAUGCUUACCUUGAUAUUUUUGAAUCUGAAGAAUUCUGUAUUGAGCCAAACACAUCCACGUUUCAAAAAAAAGAUGCAAGAGGAAUAAAAGCGAAAUUUGACGAUAUGAAAGUUGCAAAAAAGGUUGCACUUCGUCGAGAUUCCGUUGCUACAAAACGAUAUUGUCUGUGCUAUAAUAUUCAAUUGCAAACAAAUUGUGGAAUUGAACUUGUCGGAAAAAAGGUUUCGCUUCCAUUUGCUGUUCUUGUUGGUCCAAAAGCAGAUGUUGAGGCAAAAUUGUUCCUCGAAAGAUCUUUUGCUGACUUGGUCCGCCAUCCGCUUUCGGAUAUUCCCACUCAUGUAUCUUGUGCUGAAAUGGCUGAUGCUCUGGAAAUGAAAUUUCAAGCAAUCAUAGAAACACCUCAAAAAAAUACUGAUGGACCUUCUGUUGUUCAACCGAGAAAAUUCAAUAUGCAAACAAAACAACACUUGGUGAUGAGAAUGAAACCAAAUAAUCAAGGAUUUUUGCCACUUGAUAAUUUUAUGAAGCUUCCGGUUGCAGAAGAAUUCCAGCAUAAGAAAAGUGCCUCUGCGGAAGGGGAUUGGAAAUUGGUGCCAUUCUACGACUGGUUCUUUAAACUUGCAGAAAUUACAAAUAAGUACCUAUACAGUAUGUGGUAUGACGGCUUGGUUUAUGGGUUUUGCAGUAAAGAAGACGCAGAGAAUAUUUUGAGAUGCAUACCGAGAAGUGUUUUGUUGGUUCGAUUUUCGGAUAUUGAAUACGGAAAAAUUAAGAUUUCAGUAAAGAAUAGGAAUGGUGAAAUUCGUCAUCACUGGUACGAGCACGCUGAUCUAAAUGCUCGAUCCCUGAAUUCAGAACUUCUUUCAAAUCACAAGUUCUCCGACGUCGAUCUCAUUUAUCCAGACAUUGAUCUAGAGGUUGCUCUCGGAGGACGGAAUAAGCCACGUAUUCGACUUCCACGCAAUCUUGCUCCCGACGAAAUCUAUUUUGAUAAUCAAGGAGCCGCCACUUGAAUGAACGAUAACUGAGCAUUUGAGAUAUCAGUUAGAUUGUUAUAAGUACAAACACACUCACUCAGAAUUUAAUAAAAUAAAGUAAUUUUACAAUCAAAAA